AUGUAUCGUGGAUUAUAUCAACGAGCACAAAGCCCCAUUCGUUCUACAGUAUCAUUUACUAAGCACUCUCAAAAUGUUUCUGCAAAACUUUAUCGUUCAUUUCAUCACUAUCAAACUUCAAAUUCCACAACCCGUCGUAUAAUACCCACCACAAGCAACUUCUAUCGUGGCUCUUUACUUGCCCGAAAUUCUUCAAACUCAUACCUUGGCAGUAGCACAGCUAGAGUAUCCUAUCACUUUUAUAGCACUGCUGUUGAGCAACAUAGGGGUGAAGCAACAGCACCACCUAUUUAUGGGAAAGAAGUAAAUGAGGUAAUUUCAAAUGUGAAGAAAGUUGACGUGAAGAAAGUUUUGGUGGUUGGCUCUGGUGGUUUAUCAAUCGGUCAAGCUGGUGAAUUCGAUUAUUCUGGUUCUCAAGCGAUUAAAGCUCUCCGAGAAUCAGGAAUUCAAACAGUCCUCGUUAAUCCAAAUAUAGCAACUAUUCAGACAUCACAUGCAUUGGCAGAUAAAGUUUACUUUCUUCCAUGCACAAUAGAAUAUCUUGAGCACAUAAUGGAAAGAGAAAGACCUGAUGGAAUUUUGCUCACAUUCGGAGGUCAAACUGCCUUGAAUUGUGGGAUUAAGCUUAAUUCCAUGGGUGUUUUCUCUAGAUUAGGAGUUAAAGUAUUGGGCACUCCAAUUAGAACUUUGGAGAUUAGUGAGGAUCGAGAUGAAUUUGCUAAAGCUCUUAAGGAAAUCGAUAUCCCAGUUGCUCAAUCAGUGGCUGUCGAAACUGUUGAGGAUGCUUUGAAGGCUGCCGGAGAAAUAGGAUAUCCGGUUAUCAUUCGUUCUGCUUUUACGCUUGGAGGUCUUGGUUCCGGAUUCGCAGAAUCACCGCAAGAACUUCAUACUUUAGCAACAAAAUCGUUAUCUUUAGCCCCACAAAUUUUGGUUGAAAAAUCAAUGAAGGGUUGGAAAGAAGUAGAAUAUGAAGUGGUUCGAGAUGCUGCCAAUAAUUGUAUAACUGUUUGUAAUAUGGAGAAUUUCGAUCCCCUGGGUAUUCACACUGGCGACUCGAUUGUAGUUGCACCAAGUCAAACACUCAGUGAUGAAGAAUAUCAUAUGCUGAGAACGGCAGCAAUUAAAAUUAUUCGUCACCUUGGUGUCGUUGGAGAGUGUAAUGUACAAUAUGCAUUGAACCCGGAAAGUUUGGAAUAUAAAGUAAUUGAAGUUAAUGCACGUUUAAGUCGUAGUAGUGCAUUAGCGUCAAAAGCAACCGGUUAUCCUCUCGCAUUUAUUGCAGCCAAAAUAGCAUUGGGUCAUACUCUUCCAGAACUUCGUAACUCUGUCACCAAAACUACCACCGCUUGUUUCGAACCAUCAUUAGAUUAUAUUGUAACGAAAAUUCCAAGAUGGGAUUUAAGUAAAUUCCAACAUGUACAUCGUGAUAUUGGUAGCUCUAUGAAGAGUGUAGGCGAAGUAAUGGCAAUAGGAAGAACCUUUGAGGAAAGCUUACAAAAGGCUAUACGUCAAGUUGACCCCUCUUUUAAAGGAUUCCAAGCUCACCAAUUUCCAAAUCUUGACGAAGUUCUCUCAAAACCCACCGAUCGUCGUCUCUUCGCAAUCGGUCAGGCGAUGAUCGAAAAAGGAUACUCAAUUGAUCAAAUUCAUAAUCUCACCAAGGUGGACAAAUGGUUCCUUCAUAAAUUGGGUAACAUCGUGGAUAUUCAGCAUGAACUCAAACAAGCCGAAUCCCUUCAAAAUGUUCCAGAUUAUUUGUUAAAAGAGGCAAAGAGAAAAGGAUUUUCCGAUGCUCAAAUUGCAUCUUACUUGAAUAAUACCAACGAAGAUGAAGUUCGAGCAGUUCGAAAACAACAUGGCAUUACUCCAUAUGUCAAAAAAAUUGAUACAUUAGCUGCUGAAUUCCCCGCGUACACAAAUUACUUGUAUACCACUUAUAAUGCCUCAACUCAUGAUAUCGAUUUCAAUGAUCAUGGAACGAUGGUUCUUGGUUCUGGAGUUUAUCGUAUUGGAUCGUCUGUUGAAUUUGAUUGGUGUGGUGUCUCUGCGAUCCGAGCACUUCGUGAAAUGGGACUGAAAACUGUGAUGGUCAAUUAUAACCCGGAAACCGUGUCAACAGAUUUUGAUGAAUGCGAUAGAUUGUAUUUCGAAGAACUUUCUUAUGAGAGAGUGAUGGAUAUUUAUGAACAUGAAAAGGCUAAAGGAGUAGUAGUUUCUGUAGGCGGACAAUUACCUCAAAAUAUUGCGUUGAGACUACAUGAGAACAAAGUAAACGUAUUGGGUACGAGUCCAGUAAUGAUUGAUAGUGCAGAAGAUCGAUUCAAAUUUUCCAAAAUCUUGGAUAAGAUUGGUGUCGAUCAACCAGAAUGGAAAGAAUUGACUAGUGCUGAGGAAGCACAAGAAUUUGCUGAAAAAGUUGGAUAUCCUGUACUAGUCCGUCCAUCAUAUGUGCUUUCGGGUGCCGCUAUGAAUGUAUGUCAUACAGCUGAAGCACUUCAUAAAAAUUUAUCAGAAGCAGCGUCAGUCUCACCGUUGCAUCCUGUUGUUAUCACAAAAUUCAUUUCUCCUGCUGGGGAGAUUGAUGUGGAUGCAGUAGCACACAAGGGUAAAUUACUUGUACAUGCAGUGUCUGAACAUGUAGAAAAUGCAGGAGUACAUUCUGGGGAUGCUACUCUUGUAUUGCCACCUCGAGAUUUGAGCGAAAAAACAAUGAACCGAUUAAAGGAGAUUGCCGAAAAAGUUGCCAGCGCAUUUGAAAUUACGGGACCGUUUAAUAUGCAAAUUAUUAAAAAAGACAAUCCUAAUAGCGAAUCAGAGCUUAAAGUUAUAGAAUGCAACCUUCGUGCUUCUCGAUCUUUCCCAUUUGUAUCCAAAGUACUUGGAUUGAAUUUCAUCGACGUGGCUACCCGUGCAUUAGUUGAUAAGGAUGUUCCCCAACCAGUGGAUCUUAUGGUAGAAAAACGGGACUAUCAAGCAGUAAAAGUUCCACAAUUCUCAUGGACCCGUUUACAAGGCGCUGAUCCAUUCUUGGGUGUUGAGAUGGCUUCCACGGGAGAGGUCGCAUGUUUUGGCAAAGAUAAAUACGAGGCAUAUUGGUCGGCUAUUCAAUCUACUCAAAAUUUCCGAGUUCCAAAACCAGGAUCUGGUAUUCUUAUCGGAAAAGAUGAUCUCACAGACGAGCAGGAUUUCGUAAAUCUAGCAAAUAUAAUUUCAAAAGACCUUGGUCACUCUCUUUACACAUGCUCACCAAGCGUUACUCAAUUCCUUGAACUACGGGGUAUUCAUGCAAAGACACUUGAUCUUCCUGAAGAUAAGAAAGCUUUGCUUAAAGUCUUCAAAGGCAACGAUAUUGACUUUGUAUUCAAUUUAGCUCAAGUAAGAGCUCAAAAUGUGAAUGAUAUAAAUUACAUUUCCAGAAGAUCAGCAGUCGAUUUUGGUAUUCCUCUUGUAAAUGACCCUAAAUGCGCAUUAUUGUUUGCGGAGUCGUUAAAAUUAAAACGUGAAGAGCGAUCAAAACUUGAAAAGGGCGAGCUGCCAUCAGAAAUUAAGAGCUGGGCGGAAUACAUUGGAGGAAAUAAAUGCUAA